CAACUUCCUUCCUUUCCUUCCGAAACAAGAUCCUUCCCAUACUUUUCCAUUUUUCAUAGCUGAAUAAAAUCAAUAAUAAAAUAAAAUAAAAUAUAUAAAUUCAGCCGCUACCUUUCCCCACAUUUCAUAUCAUUUUCAUCUUAUAAAAUAAAAUAUAUAUUAAUCCUAUCGAUCCAAAAACAAAUAUUUCUUCAGAUUUUCAACUUGGGGAGAAUGUCUGAUCAAAUAGCAAAAGGCCUAGAGUUCGAGAAGAAAGCCGAAAAGAAGCUGAGUGGCUGGGGCAUCUUUGGAUCUAAGCACGAAGAUGCGGCUGAGUUGUAUGAAAAAGCAGCCAACUGUUACAAGCUUGCCAAAUCUUGGGACCAAGCUGGAGCCGUGUAUGUCAAGUUGGCUCAGUGUCAUUUGAAGGGAAGUGAUAGCAAACAUGAAGCUGCUAAUGCCUAUGCUGAUGCGGGUCAUGCGUAUAAGAAAACAAACACCAAGGAGUGCAUAGCUUGCCUAGAGCAAGCUUUGAAUUUGUUCAUGGAAAUUGGGAGGCUCAGCAUGUCUGCAAGAUACUGCAAGGAAAUUGCUGAGUUGUAUGAACAGGAGCAGAGCUUGGAGCAGGCAAUCUCUUACUACGAUAAAGCAGCUGAUCUUUUUCAAGGUGAAGAAGUAACAACUUCUGCAAAUCAAUGCAAGCAGAAAAUUGCACAAUUCUCAGCUCAGCUGGAACAGUAUCCGAAAGCUAUAGAGAUAUAUGAAGAGAUAGCACGGCAAUCUCUCAACAAUAACUUGCUAAAAUAUGGAGUUAGAGGGCAUCUACUUAACGCUGGCAUUUGCCAACUCUGUAAAGGCGAUGUUGUUGCUAUCACAAAUGCUUUGGAGCGUUAUCAGGAAUUGGAUCCAACAUUUUCUGGAACUCGUGAAUGCAGAUUACUGGCUGAUUUAGCUGCUGCACUGGAUGAGGAAGAUGUUGUAAAGUUUACUGAUGCUGUCAAGGAAUUCGACAGCAUGACUAAGCUGGAUGAGUGGAAGACGACCCUUCUGUUAAGAGUGAAACUGCUGCUCAAGGCCAAGGAGGAGGAAGAUGAUGAUCUUACUUGAGUUUUUUUUUUUUGACAUAAACAACUUUAUGGUGCUACUGCUAUUGGCUUUCGUCAUUUUAUGUGUGGAUUUUCAUAGUUUGGGGGGUUUUACUCGGGAGCAAAUAUGUAAUUUUUUAGGAGUACAUGUGCUUAGUACUUGGAUUUUUGGUUUUCAACUGGAUCCUAUACUUUGAUUUUUAAAGGUGUAUUUUGUGUGUAUUUUUGUGAAUCGGGUUGGAUUGCAUAA